GUCCGGAAGACUGCUGUAGUUUGAAAGCCAUGCGUGUGGUAUAAAAGGAGGUGGGACGGCAGCUCAAGGUUUGCAGCCGCUGACAGGAAGAAAGAGAGGGAGGGAGAACACCACAGAUCACACAGUACGGCAACAGACUUGCUCCACUUCCUCCUGAAGAUGCUGAAUCCUCAGUGGAGCAGUCUUUUGGCCAUUCUGGGAGUCCUGCUCUUCCACUCAGUGGUAGGAGGUCAUGGCCAUUGUUUGGAGAGUGGUCGGUGUAGGGACAUGGACACAGAAGCUGGCCUUUUGGAGUGCCUCAAGGCCUGCAGAUUGGAUCUCUCGGCUGAAUCACCGGUCUAUCCUGGCAAUGGCCACAUGCAACCUCUGUCUGAGAAUAUUCGGAAGUACGUCAUGAGCCAUUUCCGCUGGAACAAGUUUGGCAAAAGCAACAGCAGUGGUGGUGACUUAGGCCAUAAGAGAGAAGAGCUCCCCAGAGACCCCAUCCUAGACUUCUUCCCGUUUCCUUUGCAAGCCCAGAACAACUGGGGAGAAGACAAUGAAGGCAAUCAAAACCUGGAAAGGCAGGAAAGCAAGCGGUCCUAUGCCAUGGAGCACUUCCGAUGGGGGAAGCCUGUGGGCCGGAAAAGGCGACCUGUGAGGGUAUACCCAAAUGGGGUGGAGGAGGAAUCCUCAGAAAACUAUCCCCAGGAGUUCAGACGAGAACUUUCCUUGGAAAUGGACUACCCUGAAUUUGACUCCCAUGAGGGAAAGAAGAGCUCUGAAGCAGUGAUGUCUGAGGAGGAGAAGGAGGACCUGCCAGAAGAAGUGAAGAAAGAUGGUGCUUCAUACAAGAUGCGUCACUUCCGGUGGAACGCCCCACCUAAGGACAAACGCUACGGUGGCUUCAUGACCUCAGAACGCAGCCAUACACCCCUAGUGACUCUUUUUAAGAAUGCUAUAAUCAAAAGUGCCUACAAGAAAGGCCAGUAAGAACGAGGGGUUAUGAUGACCGAAAGCACGGGAGGGGUCCUGGGUAGAUUUCUUUGGCACGCGUUUCAUUUAGAUACUGUUAAUGAUGAUCAUUUAUUUACAUUGUUCUAACUCGUUAUGAAUAAUAAUUAAGGAGCUCGCUGCUUAGGAAAACACUUUCAUUCUGGUUCUGAAUGUACAAAUAACUGGGUGGGGGAAGGGGAGGUUUUGCAACAAAAGUUAAGCUUAUAUCCAUUGUGUGCAUGUAACAAAGUGGGAAGGCUAGUGGAGGGCAUCGCUAUCUUUCAGAAGGGCAGAGUAUUUUCAUAUUUUAAACCAGAUGUACAAUACUGUAAAUGAAAGGAUUAAAGAUAUAAAAUAAUUAUAAUGAUGAUAAUUACAAUAAUACAUCUUUUGCAAACUAAA